GUAACCGCUGUAAACGGAGAACUGGGACUGAUGCUGUGACUGCGAAAGCCGAGCGCCCGUGGAGUACCUUAGGGAAAAUGAAGGAACCAGAUGAUCAGGAUACUGAUGGGGGGAAAUCAGAUAGGUCAAACAGUGACAGAAGGCAGUCUCAUUCCUCUAGAUCUCCAUCAAGAACUUCUAUGAAAGAGGAUCACAAGUCUAUUGACAAUACCACAGGUGAAGCAUUUACUGAAGGGGAAGAAUCAUAUAUAGAGGAUGAUGAAUCAUAUAUGGAACGUUUGGAAGGAAGUUCAAGUUCAUUUCAAGAUGAUUAUGCAGAAAGCCUUGAAGAAUCUCAGUAUAUGGAAACUCCUGCCCCAGAUGCAGAGGAGGCAGAGGAGGAAGUUAAGAAGAAAAUAUCAGAAAGCUUCUUCUACGAUUACAUGGAGCUUGUCUCAAUGCCUUUUGUGACUCCAGAUUCAAACAUACCGCUGGAUCUUCUUACACUUGUACAUUCCUUUGGCUAUGACUGCAGAAAGCGGGCCAACCUACAACUUCUGGAAAGCAAUACCGUGAUGUACAUAGCUGGCAACCAGUUGAUUUUUCUGAAUUUGAAAACCAAAGAACAGACCUACUUGCGAAGUAGCAGUGGAAUAGGAAUUGGUGUCAUUGGGGUUCACCCCAAUAAAACUUAUUUCACAGUAGCAGAAAAAGGAGUUUUCCCAAAGAUAAUCAUUUAUGAAUAUCCUUCAAUGAGGCCCUAUAGAAUUCUUCAAGAUGGAACUGAUCUGGCCUAUGCGUACGUGGACUUUAACUUCGAUGGUACCCUGCUGGCUUCUGUGGGUGGCAGCCCUGAUCACACCCUGACCAUCUGGAACUGGAAAGAAGAGAAGCCUCUACUGAGGACAAAAGCUUUCUCCCAGGAAGUUUUUAAGGUUACUUUCAAUCCUGAAGAUGACGAGCAGCUCACUACCUCGGGAUCAGGCCACAUUAAGUUCUGGGAAAUGGCUCUAACAUUCACUGGCCUCAAACUUCAGGGUUCACUGGGUCGAUUUGGCAAAACAGCCACUACUGAUAUAGAAGGUUACAUGGAGCUCCCGGAUGGGAAGGUGCUCUCAGGGUCAGAAUGGGGCAACAUGCUGCUUUGGGAAGGAGGCCACAUCAAAGUGGAGCUGAGUCGAGCUGCAGGCAAACCUUGUCACCAGGGUCCCAUUAACCAGAUAAUGCUGGAUGAGGGUGAAGUCAUCACCAUUGGGUCAGAUGGAUGUGUUAGGAUAUGGGAUUUUGAGACUAUAGACACUGCUGAUGUGAUAGAUGAGACUGGAUUACUAGAGAUUGAGCCCAUUAAUGAACUUCAAGUAGAUAAAAAUGUCAAACUCUUCUCUAUGAUAAAAAUGAAUGAAGUUGGAAAUAACUUUUGGUUGGCUCAGGAUUCCAAUGGAGCCAUAUGGAAGCUUGACCUUAGCUUUUCAAACAUUACCCAAGAUCCAGAAUGCCUGUUCUCCUUCCAUUCUGGAGCCAUUGAAGCUUUGGCCGUCUCUCCUGUCACUUAUCUCAUGGCCACUACCGGCUUGGACUGCUCUAUUAGAUUCUAUGACUUUGCUGGCAAAACUCCUUUGCUUCAGAUGAAAUUCAAGCAAGGAGGUACUGCCCUUGCUUGGGUACCACGGCUGAUAAGCUAUGGUGGAGCACAGAUUACUGCAGGAUUUGAAGAUGGCGUUGUUCGAAUUCUUGAACUUUAUGAUCCAAAAGGGCUCACGGUUUUUGUGGGACGAAAGAAAGUUUUGGAUGCAGAUAUUCGUUUGAAACAGGUUUUCAAACCUCAUACUGCUGCUAUCACUGCUUUAGCUUAUGAUCGUGAUGGAGAAGUUCUAGCCACAGGGAGUAAAGAUAAAACUGUCUUCUUUUUCGAAGUGGAAAGGGACUAUAAGCCUAUUGGUUAUAUUACUACUCCUGGACCUGUUUGCCAGCUAACAUGGUCUUCAAGCUCUCAUCCUGAAAGUACUUUACUGAUUAUUUGUGAGAAUGGCUAUGUUCUUGAAGCUCCAUUUCCAGCUAUAAAGGAGGAAGAGGAGGACCAUGAUGUAGUUUCCUAUGAAAUCAAAGACAUGUGUUUAAAAUAUUUCCAUUUCACAAGUGUCAAAUCUAAGAUUCUGAGAUUAAUAGAAAUUGAAAGGAGAAAGAAACAAAAGGAGCUGAAGGAGAAGGAAAAGCAAGAAAGAAGGAAAAGACUAGAAACAGAGAUGGGUGAAGAUGCGGAAAGGGAACUCCAGGAAGAAGAGGAGGAGGAGGAGGAGGAGGAAGAGGAGCCCUUACCCGAAAUCUUUGUUCCUUCAACCCCCUGUCACAUCCUCUGUGGAUUUUACUCUGAGCCAGGAAAGUUCUGGAUUUCUUUGGGUGGCUAUGAUUCUGGUUUUCUGUAUCACUGUGAAUUCCCCCCAGAUGACAAAAGCAGUGAGAACACAGUAAGGAAAGAUGAACCUUUUGAUUUCCGUCUUCUUGAGGAUACAGAGGAUAAUCCCAUCACAACUAUCACUUUCAGUAUUAACCAAGAAAUGAUGUUUUGUGGAAUGGAAAAUGGAGCAAUUCGAGUAUAUAUCCUAAGUAAGAAUGAUUCUUCAUUGACCAGCAUGGAGGACUACUGGCACUUCAAUAUGCAUGACAAUAAUUAUGGACGUGUUAAUGCCAUCUCUACUAGCUUUGAUGACCGGUUCUUGGUGACUGCUGGAGCAGAUAGUAAUAUCUUUGUUUUCAACAUUUUUUCUGAGUUUGAGUUAAAGAAAGUUGUGAAAGCCAAAGUGCCAUCUCCCAGGUUUGGAAUAGAAACAGAGCCAAUUCCAGAAGAUAUUGAAGAUCCUAAAGCCUACAGUAUUGAGAAUGCCAGAAGAAAAAGAGAACAUGACAAGUUAAUGAAAGAAGUAGAAGAAAUCAAGGCUGGAAAGAGAGAACAGAUCAAAGCUUUAAGGAAUCAAUUACAGAAACUACUACAGAUGAAUGAAGAAUUACCCAAACAUAUGCAGUUUAAACGGACAGAUUUUGAUCUAGAUUCCAAAAUUCGUGCUGAGAUUGGCAGGAAAACAGCUAAUAAAAUUCAACGAGUGGAAAAGGAAUUGGCUUGGGAAAAGGAGAAACAUCAGCUUGGUCUAAAGAAGCUACAGAAUAGGUGGAAGUAUUAGUGUGCCAGAAGAAUCAGUCAUAGAGAAAGGGAAGAAAUUUCGGCCUAAAACCCUAAGUGAAAUUAUGGUGGAAAAUCAAAUUGAGAAAACAAGGAAACUUAUAUUAAAAGCUGAAAGGGCC